AUGGAGGCAUUUCGUAUAAAGAAGAUUCGGUUUUGGAAGGAGGACUUAGAGAAUCAAAAGGAAGAGUUUGAGAAGGAGGACGAGGAUGCAUUAGGCAUUGAUAUAUUUGAGAAAUCACUGCAUUCCAUUCCAGUAUAUACGAGGAGACCUAAGAGGGUGCUGAAGCCGUCUGUCUACAAGUUUUCUCUAUUCAUUUCCAUCUCUGUCGUGCAAACCACUCCAAGCAAUGCCACCGACGAUGAGAAACAAAGAAAAUUUCCAACUUCUCCGAUACCCCUUCAGGCCAUGAUCGAUCCACCUAGGGUAAUAUCGCAGGAUGAACUCCAUGAAUUGGAAAGCUGGGCCAACGCAAACAAAAAAUCACCUGAAUUUCGAUGGUUCAAGACCAUUUGGGAGAAGAAUGCUUGGGUUGACAGCGUGGCUAUUGACAAGUACGUCGAUUUCUUGGAGAGAAGACACCGAUCAUUUCCUCUAUUAUAUACAAAGGACUGCAAGUUCUGUCCCACAUAUUUCCUGCCAUGUAUCGGCAUGCAAAUGUCGACAUUGCGAAUAUAUCGGGAUGUUGGCAGUGACGAUUCGCGUUUAUUAUUUGAAGGGCUAGAAAAACUCUCUCCGAUCAGCAUUGUCAAGCCGCAUGAGGGGCAGAAGGCCAUGUGGCAACAUGAAGAGGUAAUGGUGUCGUUACAAGUUAUCAAUGCUAGGUAUACCCAAAUCUAUAAUUUCUGGAUAUUGAUAUCUUAUCUUGCCAAACAUGGACAGGCAUAUGUACCAGUCAAUCACGCCAACAGUCAUUGGUACCUGAUGGUCAUCCACCCUCGAGACCGAGAAAUCAUUAUACUUGACAGUUUAUACUCGAGGGCACUCAAUCGAUACAGGCAACAUAUUGAUCUGAUGAAGGAGGCCUUGCCUAUAUUAUUUUACGCCACUGGAGAUAGGGCUGCGCUGGAAGGAAAUGCUUGGACGGUCAGAGAAGAUACCUCUAUACCAAAGCAGACGAACGGAUAUAACUGUGGCAUUUUUGUCAUGAAAUAUAUCGACAUUUUGUGCAGCAAUCAAAUUUUGAUAGGGAGAGACUUGCAGCAAUUCACUUCUAGCUUUAGGGAGUCAAUAGCCUAUGAUUGCCUGAGUGACUUCAAAAUAUGAUAUAUUUGUAUUAGGCAUGAGAGGAAUCGGAAAAUUUUGUGAAAUGUUGUAAACUGUUGUAAAUGAUGUACUAUAAAACAUUCAUGGUGAAAGGAUGUAAAUGAUGUGUUGUAUAUUUUGAAAUAAAUUUGAAGAAAAUGAUGUAUUCGUAAUAUUGAUUUCA